CAAACAUCGCGUCAACAACGCGUGAAAUCUUACCACCAUGUCCAAUUCAAUACCUCCUUCCGCACCAGGGCCCUCCGUUCCGUUAACUCGGUCCUAUACAUAUCAUUCACCGACACCUACCGCAGCAGGACCAUACAUUCUGGGCGUAGAUGAAGCAGGUAGAGGUCCUGUGCUGGGCCCUCUUGUGUAUGGAGUAGCAUACUGUCCAGUUUCAUACCAGGAUACCCUGGAGACAAUGGGCUUCGCGGACUCCAAAACCCUAACACCCGAGAUCAGAUCCUCAUUACUCAACACUCUCACCUCUGAUCCUGCCAAUCUGGGUUGGUCUGUAAGAGUCAUCAGCCCCCAAGAUAUUUCUAGUGGCAUGUUGAAGCGACCUCCAACCAAUCUGAACCAACAAUCGAGAGAUGCCACGAUUCUUCUCAUACGAGAAGUGAUCGACUCAGGAAUCCAACUAGCAGAGGUUUACGUCGACGCUCUGGGUAACACUAAAGACUAUCAAGACUUCCUCUCGAAACGAUUUACCGGAAUACGCUUCAUAGUAGAAACAAAAGCAGAUUUCAAGUACAAGAUAGUUGGCGCUGCCAGCGUUGGCGCCAAGGUCACCAGGGAUGCUUGCAUUGAGACGUGGACUUUCGAAGAGACUAACUACAAGCCGCCCAUGGCGGAAAUGGGUUCCGGAUAUCCAUCUGAUCCCAAUACCAAGGAAUGGAUGCGAAAUUGUAUGGACCCUGUCUUUGGGUUCCCGAAGGUCGUCCGGUUUUCAUGGGCAACCGCAAAAACGAUCUUGGAGAGGGAUGCGCACAGUGUGAAAUGGAUUGAUGAAGGCCAAGAAUCGCUUAUUGAAUCUUUCCAAAGCGCUCAAGGAUUGGACAAGGAUCGUUGCAUGGUUGCUAAAGACCUUAAUCUCAAAAGCAUUGCGACAUUAUGAUCGGUACCCGACAACAUCAUGUACUAUAGACAUAUACAUUAAAGAUAGGUGCCACGCAGGCAUGUAGCAAUGACACAUCAUCUAGUUAGCUGAACAUCGUUACCGACGUUUUGAAGGCGGAGUGCCCUGAGCUUCACCAUCUGCCUUCCUCUUCGUCCCAAACCCAAACGUAACCUUCGAACGCUCGGAGACUCCAGGUGUCCCAUCCCUCGAAGAUGGUUCAGCGGCAGAGCCGAUCCUAGAGAAACCUGGUUUGGGCGUAG